AUGGGCACCAUCAUAGCACAGAGCCAUGACCUCGCCGCCACCGCGUCUGUGAUGUCGAGCCUCCUGGUUGGACUCCAGUCCUGCUCCCUCGAGGAGGUUACCCCAGCGACGCAGCCGCCACCGCUUCUUCAGCAGCUCACCAGCGCCACCACCGCCCUCGGCGAGCUGCCCGACGAAGUGCUGCUCGUGGUGGCGUCCCACCUGGGCGUGGGCGCCUUGGGCGCCUUCGCGCAAGUCGACCGCCGCCUUCGCGCCAUCGCCGAGGACGACGCGCUGUGGCGGGAGUUGUUCGGUGCGCGGUUCGGCUUUCGCCCCAAGAACGCCCCAAGCUCGUGGAAGCUGGCCUACCGCGACUACGAGGCUACGCCUCGCUGGCAUCCCACGGAGAAGCACCCUCAGCUGAUCGCCACGGACGACGGGCUCACCGUCACCAUGCCCUCGAGCCUCAACUCAGACAACUCGGUUGAAGGCACCGAUAACCGGACCAUUCGUGCGACGGUGGAGUACAAGCCCGGCUCGGGCCUGCACUACUUUGAAGUCGAAUCCCGCUGCCCCAAUGAGGUUCGGUACCACCCGUACGUCGGUCUGUGCUCCACCAAUGAGGCCGUGCCGGUGGAGAAGAUGCUGAUGUGGCUCAGCGAUCUGUGCUACGCCUACGGCGGGAACGGGACCCUCUAUUCAUCGCCGUCUCUCGAGGGCAAUCACCAGCACCUGGGCAAGUACGAGUACGGCGACAAGAUCGGUGUGAUGGUGGACUACCGCGAGGAGGAGCACGGGUGGCUGACCUUCUUCCUCAACUCGAAGGCCGUGAGCAGCAGGAUGCGCAUCACUGGCACCUGGUUUCCCUGUGUGGGCGUGUUCCACCCGCGCCACGCGCUCCAAAUCGUGGUGCGGCCACGGGUGCCCGAGCCCCCGUGCGAUGAAGAGGAGCAAGAGCUCGCUACGGCCUGA